AUAUAAAGCUUGUUCAUCUCAACUGAGCUCUUUUCAUCAUAGCAAAAUAACUGACACACUUAUUUGAGGAAAAGAACAGUGAGAAAAAUCACCAUGGAUGUACUGAGUGAAUCAAUAGUCAAAUUUUCAAUUGACCUUCACAAACAACUGGCCAAAAAAAAUAAAGGGAACAUAUUAACUUCCCCAUUAAGCAUUGCUAAUGCUGUCAGCAUGUUGUUGUUGGGAGCAAAUGGGAAAUCGAUAACUGCGAUUAGAAAGACACUUCAUUUCCCUGAAGCUGAGAAAUCCACGCCCUCAUCCCAAAAAACGUCUUUACCUGCAGGAUGCGAAGCUGUAAAAACCAAUGUUUGCCAAAACGAUGUUGUGCUCCAGGCAAUGAAAAAACUUCUUAAUGAACUAAAUCAACCUAGCACUAUGUAUGAAUUGAGCGUAGCAAAUCGAAUGUAUGUUAGGCAAGACUUUAAGUUAAAAGAACAAUUUAAACAGUGUACUGAAGAAUUGUUGAACGCCAAGGCAGAAGCUGUAGAUUUUCAAAAAGAUCCUGAAAAAGCUAGAACUGAAAUAAAUGCUUGGGUUGAAAGAAAAACAAAAGAUAAAAUCAAGGAAUUGUUUGCUGCAAAAACCAUUGGUGUUGAUACUGCAUUAGUCUUGGUAAAUGCAGUGUACUUUAAGGGAAAAUGGAUGAAACUAUUUGAUAAAGAAUCAACAAGAGACGCACCUUUCCAUCUGAAAAAGAAUGAAAAUAAAACCGUGAAGAUGAUGUAUAAAUCUGACAAGUUUUAUCUUGGUUCUCUGCCUGAUCUGAAAUGCAAGAUGCUGGAGCUUGUUUAUGAAGGAAACUUUAGCAUGUACAUAGUAUUGCCAGAUGAGAUUGAGGGACUGGAAAAGCUUGAAAAGGACAUGACGCAUGACAAAUUAACAAGCAUCUUAAAAUCUACAAAUAUGAGAGAGCAAAAAGUUGAGGUGCAAAUUCCAAAAUUCAAAGUUGAGGAGACCUAUGACCUUAAGGAAACACUUUCUGCCAUGGGAAUGGCGGAUCUUUUUACUUCAAAUGCAGAUUUAAGCAACAUUUCCUCACAGAAAAACCUGCAGGUGUCAAAGGUUGUUCACAAGACCUACGCAGAUGUAAAUGAAGAGGGAACCGAAGCUGCGGCCGCAACUGGGAUUGGAAUAGCUUUGACCAGUAUGCCAAUGCGCAUUGAAUUUACUGCAGAUCAUCCUUUCCUGUUUUUUAUAAACCAUAAACCCACUAAAACCAUAAUGUUUUAUGGAAGAGUCAAUUCCCCUUGAAAUAAAAAAUAACUUAAUGUUACACUGCUUAAAGGGACAUGUAACCCAAAAUUUUUCUUUCAUGGUUUAGCUAGAACAUACAAUUUUAAACAAAUUUCUAAUUUACUUCUAUUUACAAAUGUGCUUCAUUCUCUUGGUAUCAUUUGUUGAAGGAGCAGCAAUGCACUAUUGAUUUCUAACUGAACAAAUUGGUGAGCCAAUGACAAUCGGUUUACAUAUUUAGUCACCAAUCAGCAGCUAUAACCUAGGUUCUUUGCUGCUCCUGAGUCUUCAUAGAUAAACAUUUCAGCAAAGGAUAACAAGAGAAUAAAGCAAAUGAAAUAAUAGAAGUAAAUUGGAAAGUUGUUUAAAAUUGUAUUAUCUAUCUAAAUCAUGAAAUACAUGUUUGGGGUUGCAUGUCCCUUUAAGUUUAGUAAGCAUUAUUUACUUCUUUUUAUAUUAUCGUCUUUGGAUUUUUUCAGCAACAUAUACAUUUAUAUGCUUUGCUUUACAACUAUGAAAGUCUGCUACAAUAUAUCACAAUCUACCAGUAGAUAGUUCUCUUCUAUCCGUGAAAGAUGCAGAAAACAAAACUUUUACAGCAGAACUGAAUAAUGUAACAUUUAAUAAAGCACUUAUGGAAAGUU